UCCGUAGACUUCACUCUCAACGGAAAGAAAAUCACUUUAUUUAGCGGUUCUUUGCAUUACUUCCGAUUACCCAAAGACUACUGGAAGGACAGGCUAUUGAAGUUCAGGGCCGCCGGACUUAACACCGUGCAAACAUACUCGCCAUGGAAUCUACACGAGGAGACCCCCGAUAACUGGGACUUCGAGACGGGUUACCUGAAUCUGAAGGACUUCCUCGAGGCUGUCAAAGCCGCCGACAUGUUUGUCAUGUACCGGAUCGGGCCUUACAUGUGCGGUGAGUGGGACUUAGGGGGUUACCCCUCGUGGCUGCUCAGGGAUCCCAACAUGAAGCUCCGGUCUAACUAUAAGCCACACUUGGAUGCGACGGAGAAGUACUAUAACAAAGUACUCGACAUUAUUAACGACUACCAGUUCACGAAAGGCGGUCCCAUAAUAGCCAUGCAAUUCGAGAACGAGUUCGGAGGCAUUCAUAGUAAUGAUGAUAAGGAGUACUUCGAGUUCAUGAAGAAUGUCAUCGAUUCCCACGGAUUCAAAGAAUUGCUCACUAAUUGCGAUCCGUUUGAUACGGCAGCCGACGCCGCCAAGAAUGUCCUCCAAGACGUUUUAGAGACCGAUAACUUUCAGUCUGAUUCCCUGAAUCUAUUAACUAAACUACGCGAAGCACAGCCUAAUAAGCCCCUGUAUGUAUCCGAGUUCUGGCCAGGGUGGUUUGACCAAUGGGGAGAUGACAAACACCACACCUAUGAUGUGAACGUUUUUGAGAAUGAGAUCACCGAUGUACUGUUCAAGGCCAAUUCAUCGGUUAAUUUCUAUAUGUUUUUCGGUGGCACUAACUUUGGGUUUAUGAACGGGGAUACUGUGGUCACUAGUUAUGAUUAUGACGCACCACUAUCUGAGACAGGUAUGUUUUUAUUUGAGAUGUGUUAUGAAAAU